UAUGUAGUUGACAAUCCAGAAGCGCAAUACACAGUUCCCAAGAACAAGGGACGCGAAGCCAUGGUAUACCUCACAUACAUAAUUGGUAAUUAUGACAGACUUCCGGAGCUCUUAGUGUUCAUGCACGCUGAGAGAUAUAACGAUGACCCGAUCUACGACGGAGUUCCUUUGCUGCAAAAUCUCCAGAUUCCCUACCUCAUCUCUCAAGGCUAUACGAAUCUUCGUUGCGUCUGGACAUUGGGUUGUCCUUCGGAACUCAAGCUUGGAGAGCGUUCUCAAGAGACUUCUUCAGAUCCUAACUCCGCCAAAACCACAGAAUCCGCCUACCCUACGGCCUUCAAGGCUCUCUUUCCAGGCGAAGAACUCCCAGACAUUGUUGGAGUGGCUUGUUGCACGCAGUUCGCAGUUACUCGACAACAGAUCCAUGAACGACCGAUUGAAGAUUAUUAUCGAUUCCGAAACUGGACAAUGGAAACAGACCUGGAAGACGGUGUUAGCGGACGAGUCCUCGAAUACAGUUGGCAUAUCAUCUUCGGGAAGAAGGCGAUACAUUGUCCGAAUGCGAUGGAGUGUUAUUGUAACGUUUACGGACUUUGUAGCUUAGAGUGUAAAGAAGAAGGGAGAUGUGGUGAGCGAUGGCCAUACCCGCCAUUCGCGUCGUUGCCGAGUGGAUGGCCUGGAAUUGGCUGGGAUGGAGAGCCAAGGGAUGCAGAAAAGCUCGCAGAGCUCAGAGAGACGGCUAUGACUGAGUUGUAA